UCUUUUCAAUUCUGCUAUUUGCCUCAUGGUCCUCCAUUCAAGUCCUUUGCCGUGACGAGUUGUGACAAUCCCCCACCCCGCGUCGCUAAGAAAUUCUGCACGGUGAGGGAAAAAUAUCAGUAUAUGAGAACCUUUGUCUCUUCUAUUAUCUCUACGGUUCCGCAGGGAUCUUAGUUCUUCAUCAUCGAAACGGCUCCAAUGGAGCCUUCUGCUAAACGCACCAAACUCAGCAGAGGAGAGGAUGAUUACUUACCGGGAAACAUUAUCAAGAUCGAGCUUUGUAAUUUUAUGACAUUUGAUGAACUGAUAGUCAAACCUGGUCCUCGUCUCAACCUAGUAGUGGGACCCAAUGGAUCGGGGAAGAGUUCUGUGGUCUGCGCGAUUGCUCUUGGUCUUGGCGGCGAGCCUCAGCUACUUGGAAGGUCUUCCACUAUUGGUGCAUAUGUGAAACGUGGAGAGGAGUCUGGUUAUAUUGGAAUUUCUUUGAGAGGUUAUGCUUCAGAGCAGAAGAUUAGUAUCAAACGAAAGAUAGACACGCAUAACAAGUCUGAGUGGAUGUUGAAUGGGAAUGUAGUGUCAAAAAAGGAUGUAGUCGAAAUAAUUCAAAGGUUCAAUAUCCAAGUCAACAAUUUGACCCAGUUCUUACCCCAAGAUCGGGUCUGUGAGUUUGCUAAGCUUACUCCUGUACAACUUCUAGAGGAGACCGAAAGGGCGGUGGGUGAUCCUCAACUACCAAUCCAACAUCAUUCUCUUGUUGAUAAAAGUCGUGAAUUGAAGAGACUUGAAGUUACUGUCAAGCAAAAUGGAGAUACCUUGGAUCAGCUGAAAGCACUUAAUGCUGAACAAGAAAAAGAUGUUGAGCGUGUCCUUCAAAGAGAAGAACUUCUGGCAAAGGUUGAAUCUAUGAGAAAGAAGUUACCAUGGCUUAAGUAUGAUAAGAAGCAAGAUGAAUGGAAGAGAGCAAAAGAGGUCGUGGAUAAUGCCAAAAGAGAACUGGCUGAAGCUGUUACGAUUGCAAAUGAUCACAAAGAACGUUUAGAGGAACAAAAGCAAAGGAAAUUAAAACACGAUGGCAACUGUAAAAAUGAGAGAAGGCUACUUAGUACCAACAUUGAGAUUCGCAAGAAGGUCCUCGAUGAAGAAUGUCGUUUGGGGGUUGAAGUAAGGGGAAAAUAUAACCAUAUGGUAGAGUUGAGGAGGGAAGACCAAUCUCGUCGGGAAAAAAAUUUAAAAGAGAAGAAAGCUCUGGCUGCUGAUGAGAUAGAACUUGCGAACAUGCCUACACAUGAUGAUCAUAAUGAUAAAAUUGAGACUCUAAACCAUCAAAUAUGGGAUAAGGAAUCUUCUGUAAAUGAAAAGAGGUUGAAUAUAUCGGGCAAGGAAAAAGCUUUAGAUGAGAAGACAGAGGAACUGGGAAAAUGCCUAAACAGUCUGAGGGGCAUGGAAAGUGCAAAUAAUAUACUUUUACAGGCUUUGAAAAAUACUGGAGCUGAUUAUAUAUUUCAGGCUUAUCACUGGGUACAGGAACACCGCCAUGAGUUAAGCAGGGAGAUCUAUGGUCCUGUCCUCCUUGAGGUUAAGGUUCACCAACCUGUUUAUGCAAACUACUUAGAAGAGCAUGUGCCUAAAUAUAUCUGGAAGGCCUUCAUAACUCAGGAUUCCACUGAUCGGGACAUCUUGGUUACAAACUUGACAAAAUUUGAUGUUGCUGUUAUAAAUUACGAUGAGGCUGGGCGCAGUAAUAAAGCUGCAUUUGCAGUUUCUGAGGAGAUGCGCAAGCUUGGCAUCUACUGCAGACUUGACCAAGUUUUUGAUGCUCCUAAUGCUGUGAAGGAGGUCUUGACUAGUCUAAGUGGGCUGGAACAUGCAUUUGUUGGGACCAUGGAAACUGAUAGAAAGGCCAAUGAAGUACAUAGGCUCGGAAUUUUUGAUCUUUGGACUCCUGAAAAUCACUAUCGGUGGAUUCGCUCUAGAUAUGGUGGCCAUGUUUCAACGAGUGUUGAGCAUGUGCCUGUUUCACGGUUGUUUCAAUCUAGUGCAAAUGUUGGGGAAAUUGAAAAGUGUAGGUCCAAGAUAGAGGAGCUGAAAGGGAUCAUUGCUACGCUAGAAGAAAGUUGUGAAUUGCUUCAGGCUGAAUUGAGAUAUCUGGAGGAUGAUGCCAGUGAACUUUAUAAGCAGCGAGGAGAGCUUAUUUGCUCUAAUCAGCAGCAUAAUAAAAAACGGCAUGCCUUGGAGAGCCGUAUUGCACAAAGGAAAAGGAAAAUAUUAUCUCUAGAGGAGGAGGACUUGGAUACAAUUACAAAAAAGCUAGUUCAUGAAGCUGCUGAAUUGAACCUGCAGAGAAUCAAAUUUGCAAUUAAUCUUAAAAAAUCACUUAUUGAAGCUGCUUCCCACAAAUCGAGCUACACCAUAAAGCACAUGUCAUCCAUUGAGCUCGAGACAAAGAUAAAGGAAUUGGAAAUUGAUUUCAAGCAGAAAGAAAAGUUCUCUCACCAAGCAUUAGAGCGCUAUAACUUUUGUAAGGAGGAGUCAGAAAAUCACAGACGGGAGUUGGUAGGUCUUAAGAGAGAAGCUGAAUCAAUUGCUGCCAUUACUCCGGAACUUGAGCAGGAAUUUCUCAAGAUACCUAGUACUAUUGAGGAUUUGGAGACAGCUAUUGAAGAUAAUAUUUCAGAAGCUAAUUCUAUUCUUUUUCUAAAUCAAAACAUUCUGGAGGAAUAUGAAAGCCGUCAGCGCAAGAUAGAAGCCAUUUCUAGGAAACUUGAAGCUGAUGACCAGGAACUACAAAGGUGUUUAGCAGAAGUUGAUGCCCUGAAGGCAUUGAUGCAGGAAAAGUGGCUCCCAAGAUUGAGAAGCCUUGUUGCAGAGAUAAACAAGACAUUUAGUCUUAAUUUUCAAGAAAUGGCGGUUGCUGGGGAAGUUUCAUUAGAUGAACAUGACACGGACUAUGAUAAAUUUGGUAUAGUUAUAAAAGUGAAGUUCAGGCAAACGGGACAGCUUCAAGUAUUGAGUGCUCACCAUCAAUCUGGCGGGGAGCGCUCAGUUUCUACAAUUCUCUAUCUAGUUUCUCUGCAAGACCUUACACAUUGCCCAUUCCGUGUGGUUGACGAGAUAAAUCAAGGAAUGGACCCUAUAAAUGAAAGGAAGAUGUUUCAGCAGAUAGUUCAAGUGGCCAUGAAACCCAAUGCCUCACAAUGUUUCUUACUUACACCAAAGUUGUUGUCAGAUCUGCAAUACAGUAAUGCAUGUUGCGUCUUGCAUAUUAUGAAUGGACCUUGGAUUGUGGAGCCUGCCAAAGUGUGGCGCAAUGGCAAAUGUUGGAGUACAGCUAGGCUAUUUGCAGAGCAAGAGGAUGUCGAAGGGCUCACUACACAGCAGCAAUACAAUAUUAAGUUGAGGACUACUACGGUUCCACAGUAGUCCAAAUGAUGUGGUUUCCUAUAGACAACAGAAGUUCUAGAUUCCAUAAUAUUGGGCUCAGUUCGAUUUCGAUACAGUUUAAUAAAUCGUAAACAUAUAUAAUAUAUACUGAGAUAUUAUAAUAAAUGUGUAUUCUCGGUUUGGUCAAGGAAUUGAUAAUUUGGUAUAGUUCGGUUACCGACCAUAGAUGCUAAAACCAUACCAUACCAAGUUAGAUUCAUUUUCUUGAUAGCUAAACUGUACUGAUUCUUAUUUGGUUCGGUAUGGUGGUUUUAGACAAUCAGUUUCGAUUCGAUUCCAAAUUGACACCCUUACUCAAAACACAAGCAACAAACCUAUUUUUUUCAAGUUAAGACUUAACAUGUAUUAUUUUGCAAGGAAAUUAUGAACUUUGGGUGCA